AUUAUCAUUCAAAAGGCUAAUGUAAUUUUGUUGGUAUAUUGAUGGUUAUUAUGCCUGUUUAAGAAGUAGUAUUUUUCUUAAAUUUAAAUUGCUAUUUAUCCUUUUCUAAAAAAUCAGUCUUAUUGGUAAAACUCAAACAAACUUAAAAACAUGUCUCGCGGAACUAGUGCAGGCUUUGAUAGGCAUAUAACUAUAUUUUCUCCUGAAGGAAGACUGUACCAAGUUGAGUAUGCAAUUAAGGCAAUUUUACAAGGAGGGCUUACAUCAGUUGCAAUCAAAGGAACAGAUGUGGCUGUUGUUGCCACUCAAAGAAAAGUGCCAGAUAAAUUAAUUGAUCCAAAAACCGUCACUCAUUUAUUUAGUAUUACGAAGAGUAUUGGAUGUGUCAUGACAGGAAUGACAGCGGAUGGACAUUCUCAAGUAUUUAGAGCUAGAGCUGAAGCAUGCGAAUUCAAAUACAAAAAUGGUUUUGAAAUGCCAGUAGAGACAUUAUGCAGUCGAAUGGCAGAUAUUUCACAAGUAUACACUCAAAAUGCCGAAAUGAGGCCACUUGGUUGUAGUAUGAUUUUAAUUGGAAUUGAUGACAGAAAAGGUCCAAUGGUGUAUAAGACUGAUCCAGCUGGAUAUUAUUGUUCGUUUCAUGCUAUAUCUGUCGGCACUAAACAAACCGAGGCCAAUACUUAUCUAGAAAAAAAAUUAAAGAAAAAGAAAGAUUUUACUCAAGAUGAAGCUAUUGAGUUAGCUAUCUCAUGUCUUUCUCAUGUGUUGGCUGUUGAUUUCAAACCAAGUGAUAUUGAAGUUGGUAUUGUGUCUACGAAAAAUAAGGCAUUUGAGGUUUUAAGUGAACAAGAAAUUGACCGCCAUCUUACUCAAAUUGCUCAGAGAGAUUAAAUUUUAUGAUGUAAGCAUAAUAUGUUCAAAUUGGAUGGAUGGAUGGAUGGAUGUACGUGAAUUUUUCAUGUACCUAAUAUUAAUAAAUAUUAUUCGGUUUUUCUAAAUAAUAAAUAUAAAUCAUUAUUCUAUAUGAAAUAAAAAAAUGUAUU